ACAGAUGCCACGCAUGCAAUGUCAUCCUAGAAUUUAAAUUAACAGGUCAGACAAUUUUGGUUUUAAAUAAGACGUAAUGACGACUAUUGAGGUGACAAUCCAAGAUAUGCAAAAUAUUUCGAGUACCAUUCCAGACGAUCCUGACGACCGGGCAAGAUACCUGUGGCGACUUGCACUACAACAAGGCCAGAAAUACAAGACAAUCGGAGGAAUAUCCUACCUCGAUGAAAGCAUCAGACUGCUACGUGAGGCUACUGAUAUCAUAGAAGAUGAUGACCCUAAGAAGGCCCGGAUGCUGAGCGCUUUGUCUCUCCAACUCGGUGAGAGGUAUACGAGGCAAAAGUCCAUAUCGGAUCUUGACGAGGCUAUUCUGAUUGCCAGAGACGCCAUCGAUAGCUCUCUGGACGAUGACCCGAUAAUGCCGAAACUCUUCUCGGAUCUAGGGUCUUUACUGGUGGAUAGAUACUUGGGGAAGGGUGUAAAGUGGGAUCUUGACGAAGCCAUCGAUUGCAGUCGACAAGCUGUAGCCAUAGUUUCUGAUGACGAUCUGGCAAGGGCACAAUCUCUUAAUACGCUGGGGAUUCAUCUCGGCCAUCUCCACUGGAGAGGAGGACACAGGUCGAACCUCGCAUUGCGAGCAUUGUUAGAGGAGGCCAUUGCUGUUUCGCGCGAAGCUGUCAGGCUCACGCCUAAAAGUCACCCAUCCGCAGCAGGUUACUGGAAGAAUCUGGGUACUCAUCUCGGCCAUCAAUAUCAUUCAUACGGAACAAAUGCAAAUCUAGAAGAGGUGAUACAGUGCCACCUAGCGGCUAUCCGUUCAGAGCAGUCACCAAGCAUUGAUCGAAUCAAGGCAGCACGAGAUGCCCUUCCCUAUUGUGCAGAUGUUUCAGAUUGGCAAACAGCCUUUGGGGCCGUUGAGGAGGCAGUUUCUCUUUUCCCCAAACUCAUUUUUCGCUUGUUAAAUCACUCAGACAAGCUAUAUGUAUUGGGCCAAGUCUCAGGGCUGGCAUCUGAUGGAGCUGCCACCGCUUUGAACGCGGGUAAGGACCUGCAUAUCCCUCUGCAACUCCUUGAGGCUGGCCGAGGCGUUCUUUCACAGUCGAUGGAAGAGAUGCGGACCGACUCCAGUAGCCUGAGAGUCAAACACCCUGACUUGGCGCAGGAGUUGACAAAUAUUCGCAACGCUUUGGACAGUCCUAUUUCAUACGAUCAAGAAUCUGAGGAUUCAGAGCCCUCAUUGAAAGUCCGUUUGCAACUGCGCCAAGAAGCGGACAAGCGGCUCCAGGAGCUACUCUGCAAGAUCCGCAAAGAACCUGGCUUUGAAUAUUAUCUAAUUCCGCCAUCUGAAGCAGAUAUGAGAAAAGCGGCCAAUAACGGUCCUAUCGUUGUUAUCAAUGUGAGCCAGUUUAGGUGCGAUGCCAUCAUUAUUGAGUCUCAUCAGCUGCGCCUCCUUUCUCUCCCAAAGCUUAGACUCGUGGAUGUGGAGGGCCUUUACUCAAUCAAACACACAGAAACAUCAGUGCGUGAGAUACAAGGGCCAAUUUCGAACAACAACUUUAAUGUUUGGGAUGCCGUUGUGAAUGAUAACGAAUGGGGAAAGGGCUCUUCCCAGCAACCAUGGGGCGGUUUGACCAAAGAACCCCAAGAUGCCCUGGGUUCACCUGCCGUACUUAAAUGGCUAUGGGAUACUGUCGCAGAGCCUAUCUUGAAUGCCCUGGAGUUUACAAACAUGCCUAUAGAUGGCAAGUGGCCUCAUAUACACUGGAUACCAACGGGAAGUCUUGGUAGGUUUCCAAUCCAUGCGGCCGGGAACUACUAUCCGGGAACAACAGAGACUGUGCUGGAUAGGGUUAUAUCCUCAUACAGUUCUUCCAUCAAGUCAAUUAUUGAGGGUCGACGUCGUCAGACUACCCGUGUUGGCUCGCAGCAUGCUCUGAUCGUCGGCAUGAAAACCACCCAAGGGUACUACUCACAUCUUCCUUUUGCUCGUAAGGAGGUCUCAUUAGUAAGAGAUCUUUGCAAAUCCAUGUCACUCAACCCUAUCGAACCAGACCAGCGCAAAGAAAAUAUCGUGUCGCAUUUACCGAACUGCACUGUCUUUCAUUUUGCAGGCCAUGGCAAGAGUAAUAGAGACGAGCCAUUGAACAGUCAGCUUCUACUGAACGAUUGGGAAAGUGACCCUUUUACAGUUACUUCCCUUCUGGACACAAAGUUACACAAUAACCCACCGUUUCUAGCAUAUCUCUCAGCCUGUUCUACUGGCCGCGUUGAUGAAGAACGAUUUUCCGAUGAGAGUAUCCACCUGAUUAGCGCAUGCCAAUUAGCAGGCUUCCGUCAUGUCAUCGGCACUCUUUGGGAAGUCAAUGAUGCAUCCUGUGUUGAUGUAGCUAGAGUCACCUAUGAAACGAUGAGGGAUGGGGCUAUGACAGAUGAAUCUGUAAGUCGUGGCCUACAUGCUGCAGCACUCCAUCUUCGAAAUCAAUGGUCUAAGCGGUUGGCAAUGAACUCAGCUGGACGCGCGGUGGCUAAGAGGAAACAAGCCGAGAAUGUAUCUGGGAGUAGGAAGGUUGCAUUACAGGAUAGUGAGAGGGAUGGCAGUAGGGAUAUUACCGCUUGUGACGACGAUGAAGACUUGAGUCCUCUUUAUUGGGUCCCUUAUGUCCAUUUUGGAGUAUGAUUCUACUGGUCACAGUACCAAUAACACGUUGACCACUUUGUGUUCUGAGUGAAUUAAGUCCAGUUUGUCCUCUUUAAGGUUUUAUAUAAUGCUU